AUGGCUGCUCUCUGGGAACAUCUUAAGGACUUGGCAUCCAUGCAUAAACGUGCCGAGCACCUCUCCGUGGAGUUGUUGAUCGGUCAGGACGCCCCCCUGGCCUUGACUCCACUGGAAGUCCGAAGAGGGCGGGACGGGGAACCCUUUGCGGUAUUGGUGACACCGCGGGACCGAGAUGUCCUAAGGUUCCUGUGGUGGCCGCGUGGGGACGUCGACAGGCCACCUGUCCUGUACCGCAUGACUCGCCACCUGUUCGGCGGGGUGUGGAGCCCCGCGUGUGCCGCCUUUGCGCUUCGGAAGACCCUGCAGGGAGGAGGUGUAACGUCGCGCAAGGGUAUUGAUCUUGCUAGGGAUGAGUUGCCGGUGGACAGGGCUCUUGGGGUCCUGUGGGACUUGGAGGAUGACAGCUUGCGUAUCGCGGUGUCUCCGCCCAACAAACCUCACACGAAAAGAGGCGUUCUCAGCGCCAUGAGCUCAGUGUUUGACCCGUUGGGCUUCCUGGCUCCCUUUACCAUACGGGCGAAGAUGAUAUUCCAGGACGAAGUACGUCGAAAAGAGGGAUGGGAUGUACGACUCACAAAGGCGACAGAGGACGGGUGGAUCCUUUGGUUGGCGGAGCUCCGGGAGCUGGAGGAUUUUCGCAUCGCCCGUUACCUUCUACCCCCCCGCUUCGGCCGACUCAUGGAUGCCCAACUCCACCACUUUUGUGAUGCCUCGACCAAAGCAUACGCUGUCGUGUCAUACGUGCGUCUCCAGGACGACGUCGGAUUCGUGCAUUGCAGUUUUAUUGCAGCACGUACGCGAUUGGCCCCUAUCAAAACGACCUCCAUACCACGAUUGGAGCUCUGCGCAGCCGUCCUGGCGGUUAGCUCUGACGCGAAACUCCGAGGGGAAAUCUCUCUCCCAAUUGAAAGCUCCACCUUCUGGACGGACAGUAUGAUUGUCCUCCAAUACAUUGCCAGCCCCUCUCGGCGCUUCCACACCUUUGUGGCGAACCGCCUCGGGACUAUCCACCGCCUGUCUUCCCCUCCACAAUGGCGUCACGUGAGAUCCGAAGAAAACCCGGCUGACGACGCCACACGAGGACUGCCUGCGCAAGUGCUGUUAACGGGUGGCCGGUGGAGACAUGGCCCCGCUUUCCUACGCUUGCCCUUGGACUCCUGGCCUCUACUUCCUGGUGACCCCGCGGUAGACCUCGACAAUGACCCGGAGGUGAAGCGGGACGUUACCACCCUCACAAUGGAGGCGCAGACGCCAACUACGAUUGACCAGCUUCUGUCCCGUUAUUCGUCCUGGUACGCCUUACAACGGGCUGUAGCCUGGCUCCGCCGGUUUGCUGUCUGGAUCAAGGAGGGUCGCCCCAGCGGCCCGGGCUCCCGCCUUGCAGUGACCGAGCUCCAGCCGGCCCGGACGGCCAUCCUCAAAUAUGUGCAAAGGGCCCACUUCCAGGACGACAUCGCGGCUCUCCGACGUGGCAGACUCACCAAGAGGAACACACUCUAUAGGUUGGAACCAACUCUCGACACCCAGGGCCUUCUUCGCGUGGGGGGUCGGCGUUUGGACGCCUCGGAUACCUACUCCCACGAUGCCCCUCUUCUCCUCCCUAAGACUCACCAUGUGACGGCCCUGAUUGUCCGGGACGUCCACAUCUUCUUGGCGCGGCACUCCGGGAGAGAACAUACCCUGGCAUGCUUACGUGGCCAGUACUGGGUGGUCGCGGGCCGCCCCUUGAUCGACCGGCUCCUGCGUAACUGUUUCGUUUGUCGCCGGGUGAACAGCAGGCCGCUGGUGCAACGCCAGGGCGAGUUGCCGGUGGAACGGAUCGCUGCUGGCAACCCACCCUUCACUCACACCGGGGUCGACUGUUUCGGCCCGUUCGGUGUCACUAGUAUGCGGCGAUCGGUGAAGCGUUUCGGCUGCGUCUUCACCUGCCUCAGCUCCCGUGCGGCGCAUUUAGAGGUCCUGGAUUCUCUCGAUGCUGCCGCUUUCCUCAACGCCCUCAUGCGCUUCAUUGCCCGGCGCGGCCCCCCGGCGAAACUGUUCUCCGACAUGGGGACCAACUUCCAGCGGGCUGCCAAGGAUCUCCACGCCGCGGCCCGGGGCUGGCGGGACGACGCCAGGGUGGAGGAAACCUUACAUCGGAGGGCCAUCGAGUGGGUCUUCCUGCCGCCUACCGCCUCGCACAUGGGCGGCGUGUGGGAACGACAGAUCCGUUCUGUCCGCAAGAUCCUGUCCUCCAUCAUUGGCACCCAGCGUCUUGACGACGACCGGCUGCGCACGUUGUUUUGUGAGGUCGAGGCUACUCUCAAUAGCCGCCCCCUUACAGCCUCCCCGGGUGAUGCUUCUGAGCCUGCGGCGCUUACUCCUGACCAUCUUCUGCGUGUCGGGGCUGGUUUCCACUUACCCCGGGAAGAGCGUUCCUUGGGUGACACUUUCCGCCGCCGUUGGACACAUGCUCAGGCCCUGGCUGAUCGGUUCUGGGUCCGCUGGCGGGCGGAAUAUCUCCACACCCUCCGCAUGCGUCAACGCCGGAUUGCUCCCGCCCGCAACCUGCGCGUCGGCGACCUCGUCCUCCUCACCGAACCCCUCCUGCCGCGUAACCAUUGGCGUCUUGGCAGGGUUCUUCAGGUCUUCCCGGGUUCCGAUGGUUUGGUUCGGAGGGUCCGCCUUCGCACCGGUUCAGGGACUCUCGUUCGCCCCGUCGUCAAACUCUGUCUACUCGAGGGUGAUGUCGCUUCCUCUCCGCCCUCGCCUUCGGCCGCUGCACGCUGA